AUGCCAGCAUGCACCGUUCCAAUAGUAUACUCUUGGGAUGGAUUGGUCACAAAAUACCACGCAAAGCACCUAGAGAAAAUCGCGGUGCCCAUAAAAAUCAGAGCCUACAUGCAGACUAGAGUACUACGUACCACCUUAGAUUCGGUAACUCAUGAUCGAAGAAGAGGAGUUGAAGAAAGAGAACCAGAAGAAAAGCUGGAAGACAUCUUCGAAAGGUUCCUCGGAAACCUCGACAAAGAGGAAAAACCUCUUGAAGAGGAAGAAGUGGAAAACGAACUCGAAUUCUCUCGCGACCGAGUAAUAAGGAUCAGGAAGAAAAUAAAACGUAGAAGAACCGCUGCUUCUAGAAGGUCUGAAGGCCCCCAAAACCUACGGAAAAUCCGUAGGAUCUACAAGGGUAGAAACUAA